GCACGGGGGCGGGCUCUCCGGGCCCCCAUUGGCUACGGGGCCCCCCCAACACCAGGGCUCUCCCCCAUCUCCCCCCGACACCAGUCCGUCCGCUUCCAGCUGCUGCGGCCGCGCCUGCACCAUCUCGGCAUCUAGUCGCCCCCCUGCUCCAGCCCAGCAUGGCGACCCCGACCCAGGUCCCCACAAUGGUUUCUCAGGAGACCGACCCAUUUCACUAUGACUAUGACACCGUGCAGACUAUAGGCCUGACCCUGGCUACCAUAAUGUUCGUGCUGGGCAUCAUCAUCAUCCUCAGCAAGAAGGUGAAGUGCAGGAAGGCUGACUCCAGGUCUGAGAGCCCGACGUGCAAAUCCUGUAAGUCAGAGCUUCCCUCCUCAGCUCCCGGAGGCGGCGGCGUCUAAGACCAUCCUGGGCACCAGCUCCACUGCAGUCCCUGCCUGAGUUUGGGAGCCUGAUGAACGGGCGGAGGCAUUGGGGACCCCCACCCUGGCAGCGCUCCCCCAAAUGAGCCACCCCUCCCCAAGGCUGGAGCCACUGCACCCUCCUCCCCGCCCUCCCUAGGCCUUGGCAACUACCGAUCCCCUCAAA